CGGAGGUGAGGGCCGCGGAGGGGAGGCUGGGGGCGGCGGGGGCUGCAGCGCUGCGGAGGGAAGGGAAGCCUAAUGCUAAAGAGUAAGAGAACUUACAGCUUCCGUUAGAUUGCCCUCUCAUUUGAUGUGCUGCAGCACUUCCCUAUCAUGGAGCUGAAAUGGCUACUCUGUGUGACCCUGCUCGCUCUUGGGAUGUUUGCUGUCCAGGCUCAUGAUGUGGAUGAUGACAGUGAUGGUGAUGUAUUGGAUAUUGAGGAUGACUUGGAUGAUGGCAUUGAGGAGGUGGAAGAGUCAAAACCUGAAACAAGCACUCCUCCUCCAACUCCAAAGGUUACCUACAGGCCCCCAGUCCCAACUGGUGAGGUGUAUUUUGCAGAGUCCUUUGAUAAAGGAACUCUGGAUGGGUGGAUCCUUUCCAGAGCGAAAAAAGAUGAUACGGAUGAUGAGAUUGCAAAAUACGAUGGUAAAUGGGAAGUCCAAGACAUGAAGGACACUAAGCUUCCAGGAGACAAAGGGCUUGUACUGGUAACCCGAGCCAAGCAUCAUGCAAUUUCAUCCAAACUUUCAAAGCCUUUUGUAUUUGAUACUAAACCCCUUAUUAUACAGUAUGAAGUAAACUUCCAAAAUGGAAUAGAGUGUGGUGGGGCCUAUGUGAAAUUGCUUUCCAAAACCCCUGAACUGAACCUGGAUCAGUUCCAUGACAAAACUCCAUAUACCAUCAUGUUUGGCCCUGACAAAUGUGGGGAGGACUACAAACUGCACUUCAUCUUCCGGCACAAAAACCCAAAGACCGGCAAAUACGAGGAGAAGCACGCCAAGCGCCCGGAUGCAGACCUGAAGACUUACUUCACUGACAAGAAGACUCAUCUUUAUACUCUGGUGUUGAAUCCUGAUAAUAGUUUUGAAAUACUGGUUGAUCAGAAUGUUGUCAACAGUGGAAAUUUGCUGAAUGAUAUGUCUCCUCCUGUGAAUCCACCCCGAGAGAUUGAGGACCCCAAUGACCAGAAGCCUGAGGACUGGGAUGAGAGACCAAAAAUCCCAGACCCAGAUGCUAUUAAACCGGAUGACUGGGAUGAGGAUGCACCUGCGAAGAUAGCAGAUGAAAAUGCUGUGAAACCAGAGGGCUGGCUGGAUGAUGAACCAGAAUACGUAGCAGAUCCUGAUGCUGAGAAGCCUGAGGAUUGGGAUGAGGAUAUGGAUGGCGAAUGGGAGGCACCUCAGAUUGCAAACCCUAAGUGUGAGACAGCCCCUGGCUGUGGUACCUGGCAAAGACCAAUGAUUGACAAUCCAAACUACAAAGGCAAAUGGAAGCCCCCUAUGAUUGAUAAUGUGAACUAUCAGGGUAUAUGGAAACCUAGGAAGAUCCCAAACCCAGAUUUCUUUGAGGACUUGGAACCUUUCAAGAUGACUCCCUUCAGUGCUGUGGGACUUGAGUUAUGGUCAAUGACUUCUGACAUCUUUUUUGACAACUUUAUCAUCUGUACUGAGAGAGCUGUGGCUGAUGAUUGGGCCAGUGAUGGAUGGGGACUGAAAAAGGCAGCUGAUGGUGCUGCAGAGCCUGGUGUUGUGGGCCAGAUGAUGGCAGCUGCUGAAGAGCGUCCCUGGCUUUGGGUAGUCUACAUCCUUACUGUGGCUUUGCCGGUGUUCCUUGUUGUCCUCUUCUGCUGUUCUGGGAAGAAACAGCCAAGUGCUGCAGAAUACAAAAAGACUGAUGCUCCUCAGCCUGAUGUGAUGGAUGAGGACAAAGAGGAAGAAAGAGAUAAAGGGGACAAGGAAGAGGAGGAUGAGGAGGAAGCAAAUGAGGAAAAGCUAGAAGAGAAGCAGAGAAGUGAUGCUGAUAUAGGAAGUGCUAGUCAAGAGGAGGAAGAGGAUGAGGAUGAGGACAGGAAACCUGCAUCAGAGGAGGAGGAAACUGUGAAUAGAUCACCCAGAAACAGAAAGCCAAGGAAAGAUUGAAAACAAAGUCAUAAGAACUUGAUCUGAUUUUUUUUUUUUCCUUUUUUUUUCCUUCAAAUGUGGUUCUGGGAGAGGACCUUGGACACCUUACAUUGAAACUUGGACAAACCUCAAGAUUUUUCACCAUCCACAGGUUCCAGUCACACUAUCCAAUGUAAUGGAGUGUCUAGCAGUAAAAUAUUGGCAAUUGUUUGUUUUAAAGAGCAUCAUUCCUGUAGAAAGAAUGCAUUUAAUACAAUGGGCUGUGGAUUUUGGAAUGUAACAUAACUAACCUCUUCAUUUUUGGUUUUAAAUAUCCUUUUCUGUUUUUAAGUAGAUGAGUAGAACUUUUCCAGUCUCAGACCUUGGCUUAAUUUAAUAUAUUAAUUAGUGGAAAAACUAGUCAUCAAUCUUGAAAGUGCUAGGUGAUAAAAAUGCAGUUUUAUAACUAGUUUGUGUUGGUUUGUUUUUUUUUAAACAGCUCUGUAAAUUCCUAAAUGCACCAAUGUCUUUAUAUCCCUUAAUUUGGUAAUUGCCUAAAGAAAAGUUGUCAACGGGUUUUUGACAACCCCUCUCUCCUCAGAGGAUGUAUAGGGAAACCAGUAGUGAAACUCUCAAAUCAAUCAAAUUUCUUCUGAGGGGAGGGGAAAGAGGAAGAAGGGGUGGAGGAGGAGUGGGUUAGUCUAUAGAGUAUGCAUCCUGUGCAUGGCUAAAGCCCUGUUAAGUGUUGACACACGAUCUAGAGUUUGGAGUGGGUCAUCUUAAUGUGGCAUUUAAUCCUGCAGAUCUUGCAGACAAUGAAUUUGGGUUUUGAUCUUUUUUGUAAAGCUAAUGGGUUGUUUGGGAUGGGGGUGGGGGUUAGACUACUUCCCCUUUUUCCUUCUGUUCAGCCACUGAUGCUUUCCUUUCCCUGACUGCACAGCCUUUGCAGAGUGCAGCUCUGCCUCAGUUGCUGAAGUGCUUCAUGUUCAGCUCACUGUCAAAUUGUUUUUUUUUAUAGCUAGGCCUACUCCUUUCCAGGGUCCAAACAGUGUCCCAUAUCCUCUCACUGUUAUCACUGUAUGUCUACUCAUGUAGAAAUGGGUGGAGGUAGUCAGGUAGACAAGUUAAACUGAGUAUUUAAGGGGGGGAAGGGAACCUAAAGAGAAAUAAAAUGAACCAACCAAGAUGUCAGUAUUGUAAGCAGGGAAGGAGCAUGUGAAGUAUCUUAACUGGUAUGUGAAACUGUUGAAGUCUUUUAUCUGCUCUUCAUGUAACAAAUGCAUCCUCAAUUAUAUUGUGAAUGUUAGGGAGUUCCAAUUCCAUCUGAAUAAAUUUUUUUGGAAGCGUUGAGUCUACCAUAUUAUCCUGUUGCAAACACCUCUUUUGUGGAAUGCAGGUCAUCACUACAAGAGCAUACCUCUGAGGGUGAAAUCUAUGUAACUCCAUUACACUGUACCAAAUAUGUUGGCAUUUGGAUGUCUAUAUAGAUGAAAUUUUUUUUUUUGCCUUUUGUUUUAGAGUGAAAUUAAAUGUCCUGAAAUUAACUCUUCUUGCACUGAAUUUAAACACUCCAGUGUUGCUUGCUCAUGCCAUAGGUAUAGCGUGGGGAAUAAUUCCCAGGGGUUGGGGAGGGAUGAGUGUUCCAAUUACCUUUGCAAACAAUCUAACCCAUUACUAAAAGACUUGGUUUGGGUUUGUUUUGGUUUUUUGGGUUGGUUGUUUUUUUGGGUUGGUUUUUUUGUAAAACACCUUUUGCUGCCUGUCUUUAUGUUGUAUCCUUUGGUUGUUGUGUUUGAAAUACUAGUGAUCACAAGUGCAUAGCAGGAUUUCUUGAUCUUUCUGCAGUGUGCAAAUAAACUAUUGUAAGCAAGAUACUGGAAGUAAUUUCAGACUUCUGUUGGAAGCUAUUGCAUGUUUAGAAUGCCUUUGCCUGUUGAACACCUGGUAAAUACUGCUCCUUGUUGCAAAAAUAGCUUAUACUCUGACAUGGAAGAUGUCAUAGCUUAAGCAUUGCUACUAGCUUGUUCUCAGGACUGUAUUUUUAUCAAGGAGCAGCUGCUAUUUAUGACACUCAGUCCUUUGAGAUGAAGUAUAUGUAAAUGGUUUCAAUUCAUUUUGAGCACAACACAAUCUAUUAAUCCAAUGGUUUUUUUUAAUCUUGAUAUGCAAGUUGCCUUAAAUUCCCAAACAAUUCAUGUUCAUACGAAGCAUCAAAAGUGAACUUAAGAUCUGCUACCAGCUUUUAAAUAGUAUUAUAUUAAAGCUAAUUGUAAACUUACAUUUGCUUCUGCUAAAUCUCCUGAAAAGGUCUCCUGUCUGCAUGUUAUGGCUUUUCUUUUUUUUGAUACCAUAGUGUAUGCUUCUUAAAUAAUCACUACAAUAAAUGAAGGCUUUCCAAAAUGGAUAGACAAUUCCAAAGUUACUUUUUAUCCUGUUUUCUGACUUGGGUUGGCUCAGUUUAACCUCACAAUCACUCUUAUCUUCAAAGUCCUGGUGAGAAAAAGAAAAAUAGCUAUCUGCUUAUCCUGAGUGCUUC